AUGGAGGUUUAUCUCCAGUACCAACGGGUUCGAAAAUCCGUGCAACAGCACUUAGCAAAGCUGAAAGACGAUUGCAGCUGUCCGAGCUACUCUGUCAACGCCAAUCAUGGUCCUGACUGCAAACUGAGCGACUAUCAUAGUAGCCUGAAGAAUUUGCCUGCCGGAUCGACGACCCCUGACGCUGCGAUUCUUGUAGGCUGGGAAGGGGAAAAUGAUCCCUUAAAUUCUGCAAACCUGUGCACCUCACGGAAGCUCUUCAUGACUUUCUUGGUAUCAUUGAUAGCAGUUGCUGUGACUGCCGCCUCGGCGAUUGAUGCUUGUGGUGUCAGGGAAUAUAGAGCAUACUUCCAGGUAUCGGAAGUUGUCGGGUCUCUAGCUACAGGCCAGUUCCUUAUCGGUUUGCAUUCGGUUCCCUUCUCUCCGGCCCUUUCUCUGAAACAUGCGGGCGUAAUGCCAUUUAUUCCACAACAAUGCUCCUUUUUCUUGAUCUUCGUCAUGCCACCAGGACUAGCUCCAAACCUCCAUAGUCACCUUAUCUUUCGUUUCUUUGCCGGCCUCUUCGCUUCCACCCCGUUAAUCUGCGCUGGUGGCACGGUUGCUGACUUAUGGAAUCCGCUGGAAAAAACCUAUGCUUUUCCUGUUUACGCUAUACCUGCAUUUGACGGGCCCAUUAUCGGCCAGUUUUGGGAGCUAUAUUUCAGUCACACUAGGCUGGCGCUGGCUAGACCUGAGACAUAUGGCAACCUUAUCCUCUACUGGAAGGCUUCCAUCCUUCGAAAAGAGACCGGUCAUGAGAGAUACAGAGCUCCCAUUGAGAUCAAUCAAAAGAGCCUCAGUCAGCGAUUGAAGACCUCUGUGUACCGGCCACUUGCGAUGUUUUACUCGGAACUAAUCAUCAUCCUGAUGUCGCUCUAUCUGACGAUUAUCUAUAUUGUCCUUUAUACCUUUCUUGAGGGGUAUACCUGUAUUUUUGGCGAUGCAUAUGGCCUCUCCGAAGGACUGACCAACCUUUGCUGGGCUAGUAUGCUCAUUGGGACCUUGCUAGUCAGCGGCGUGGUGCCGGUGGUUUAUAGCUUGACUGCGAAGGCCUAUGCUCGAGAUAAGUCCACUAUUGCACCUGAGAUGAGACUCUGGUACAUGAUGCUUGGUGGCGCAGUAGCAGUGCCGAUUAGUUUGUUUUGGAUGGGAUGGACAAGCAAUCCAAGUAUCUCAAUAUGGUCCCCUUUGAUUGUCCCCGUCUUCUUCGGCUACGGUAUCACCACCAUCUUCAUCGUUGCAUACUUGUAUCUCAUCGGUUCCUACGACACAUAUUCUGCAUUCGCUCUGGGAUUCCCCGUGUUCACGCAAUAUGUAAUGGCGGGAGGCGUAACUGUUGCUGGGGGUCCGAUCUAUGAGGCUCUUAGCGUGCAGUAUACCCUCACCAUUCUGGGGUCUAUCAGUGCAGUUAUGGCGUUGGUGCCUUAUUUGCUUUACUUCUUUGGGCCUAUCACCAGCAAAAAGAGCAAAUAUGCCUUGAAUGUUGACACUGAGUAA